AUGACGUUGUAUACAGCUUAUGUGGAUAAAUGUAGGAAAGGACCACUGACAGCAAUCAAAGAAAAUUGCUGCAUCCUGACCUGUUUGAAACUCACCGUGAAAGCUACCGAAAACCUCCAGCUACAGCAAAACCUGCCGCUGCCGCUUGGUCUAACUCCUCUGCGCGUGCUGGGCUGCAGCAUUUUUGAUACAAAGCCCAAAUCUGAUAUGAUUAGAUUUAGCACGUGUUGUAAGAUUUAUCUUUUUACCUACAAGUACGCUAUUUAUUGGAUGAAUGACAAAGCCGGUGCCAUCUUAGCUGGUGUCAGUCUUACUCCAGUCUUCAGACUACAGCUCUUUGUAAUGGUGUGUUUCCUGAUGCCCGGAGUCUCCAUGGCACUGGUUGUCUUGACUCUCAUCUUCCCCCGGAACAUUCCCUCCUCUGUUCCCACGUGGAUUCACUCGGUGUGCGGGGAGGAAAUUCGGGAGCACUACAAAGCCAGUGGUGUCGGUGCAGAGGGCAGGAUGAUCCUACGCGACAGCCAAGAUAAGCUUAAUAGAACAAAGUACAAAAUUUGCGUGUACAAAGCCCCGUUCCUGGAAGAGAGGAUGGUGACUCUGAGCAACCCUGUGGAAAAAGUGGCCUAUCUUACAAUAUUCCAUAUUCUCUUUGUACUCUUUGUGUGGACAUACUGGAAGUCUAUUUUUACACCCCCGGUGCAGCCAGGCAAAAAGUACCAUAUGUCCUAUGCUGACAAAGAGCGCUACGAAAAUGAAGAAAGGCCGGAGGUGCAGAGACAAAUUCUCUCUGAAAUGGCAAGGAAGUUGCCGGUGUACACACGAACGGGGAAUGGAGGUAUUCGAUUCUGUGAUAGAUGCCAGCUCAUAAAACCUGACCGUUGUCACCACUGUUCCGUUUGUGCUGUAUGUGUGCUAAAAAUGGAUCAUCACUGUCCGUGGGUGAAUAACUGCAUUGGAUUUUCUAACUACAAAUUCUUUCUACUGUUCUUAGCCUAUUCUUUGUUGUAUUGCUUGUAUAUUGCUGCAACAGUCACGGUCUUCAAGUAUUUCAUUAAUUAUUGGACAGGAGAACUGACCAAUGGACGUUCCAAGUUUCAUGUCCUUUUCCUUCUCUUUGUGGCGAUCAUGUUCUUCGUAAGCCUUAUGUUUUUGUUUGGGUACCAUUGUUGGCUCGUUAGUAGAAACAGAUCUACUUUAGAGGCUUUCUCAGCUCCAGUGUUUCAAAAUGGCCCAGAUAAAAAUGGAUUCAAUCUUGGCUUUGUAAAGAAUCUUCAGCAAGUGUUUGGAGAAGAAAAAAAGCUCUGGUUACUACCUAUUGCCUCUAGCCAGGGCGAUGGACAUUUUUUCCCAAUGAGGGCUUUGUGUGAAGCUCGGAAUCCUCUCCUGGCAAACGAAGAGCAGUGGGAAGAUGAUGGAAUAGAUGAAGAGCCUCAUGAUUCUGGUGAAGCUUCAUCCCUUGCCAUAGAAAGGGAGACAUAG